GUAUUUUUUCUAUUUCUUGUUUCUGCAAUAUUUUGAAGACCUUUAAACCAUUCAAGAAAUUGAGAAUUCAUCAGCGAUAUAUUAGGGUAUUAUAAUUUAGAAGUGUGAACUCUGAGAAACAGAGGGUCUUCUUUCUUUUUUAAAGAUAUUUGAGUGAAUACAAGGAAUCGUGGAGUCAUUUUGAUUGAGAAAACUUUCUUGAAAUCAAGCUCAAAGGUGUGCAACUUUUUGGUUUAUAGUGGUGUAGAGAAAGAGCUUGCAGAGCGAAAAUGGUGAUGAGAACGGUUGAUCUUCGGUCUGACACUGUCACUAAGCCAACUGAAGCAAUGAGGGCAGCUAUGGCAAAUGCUGAGGUUGAUGAUGAUGUUCUGGGUUAUGAUCCAAGCGCCUUUCGUUUAGAGACUGAAAUGGCAAAAAUCAUGGGCAAGGAAGCAGCUCUUUAUGUUCCAUCAGGCACCAUGGGUAACCUUAUUAGCGUACUAGUGCACUGCAACAUUAGGGGAAGCGAAGUCAUUCUUGGACACAAUUCACAUAUCCAUAUUUUUGAGAACGGGGGUAUUUCAACUCUUGGAGGUGUGCAUCCAAGGACAGUGCAGAAUAACAAGGAUGGAACUAUGGAUAUAGAUUUAAUUGAAGCUGCAAUUAGAGAUCCAAGAGGGGAGCUUGUGUACCCAACCACUAGGCUAAUCUGCUUGGAGAAUUCACAUGCAAAUUGUGGUGGUAGAUGCCUGUCCGUGGAAUACACGGAUAGAGUUGGAGAAUUAGCUAAGAAACAUGGCCUGAAGCUUCACAUUGAUGGAGCUCGCAUUUUCAAUGCAGCAGUUGCGCUUGGAGUUCCGGUUCAUAGGCUUGUUCAAGCUGCUGAUUCAGUUUCGGUCUGCUUAUCAAAAGGUUUGGGUGCUCCAGUUGGAUCAGUAAUUGUUGGUUCAGAAAGCUUUAUUGCUAAGGCUAGAGUACUGAGGAAAACAUUAGGAGGUGGGAUGAGACAGGUCGGUAUCCUUUGUGCUGCUGCUUUAGUUGCUGUACAAGAGAAUGCUGGAAAGCUCGAGAAUGAUCACAAGAAAACCAAGGCACUGGCAGAGGGAUUGAAUCAGAUUAAAGGACUAAGCGUGGAUGUUGCCACGGUAGAGACCAAUAUUAUAUACCUGGACAUAAUAGAGGGCUCAAAAUUUACAGCAGAAAAGCUAUGCAAAUACUUGGAGAAACACGGUGUGCUUGUUAUGAAAGAGGGUCCAUUCAGUAUUAGGAUCGUUCUCCACCACCAAAUUUCAGCAAGUGAUGUGCAGUACACUUUAUCUAUCUUUCAGCAAGCUUUAACGGGGGUGCAAGAAGAAAAUGGCAACUGAUGGAAGGAAGAUGCCUCCCAUUCCUCUUUAAUAACAUCAUUUUAGUUUCUUUGCAGUAGAAGUGUUUUAUCCUUGUGGAUAACCAAAAUAUGCCUUCACAAUUCUGCUAAAUGGGUUACUUUUGUGUAAAAACAUUGUUUGAAAUUUAGUAGUUAUCUUCUUCUUAUUAA